CUCCUGCUCUCUCUCUGCCCCUUGUUGAUCCCACUGUCUCUCUCUCUCUCACACACAGACACAUAUACAUACACAAUUACAUAUAUAUACAAAUUUCUAUAUCUAUAUACGUCAGCACAAUCGCCAUCAAUUUUACUUGCUGCCGGCCGGCCGGCCUGCCGUCCGUCAUCUUCAAUUCUCACCGGAAUCACACCGAUCGUUUUGAUUAAGUUUGGGGGUUUUGAGGGUAAAUGAGUUGUUAGAAUUGUUGUGAAUUUGAGGAAUUGAAGUGAAAGAGAAGGAAAUAUAAUUGCGAGAUGUCGAAUUCCAAAGUAGUUUAUGAUGGAUGGAUGGUGAGGUAUGGGAGAAGAAAAAUUGGGAGAUCUUUUAUACAUAUGAGAUAUUUUGUUCUUGAGUCGAGGUUGCUUGCUUAUUAUAAGAGGAAGCCUCAAGAUAAUGUGGUUCCGAUCAAGACUUUGGUUAUUGAUGGAAAUUGUAGAGUGGAGGACCGAGGUUUAAAAACGCAACAUGGACAUAUGGUAUAUGUUUUAUCGAUCUACAACAAGAAGGAGAAAUACCAUCGGAUUACUAUGGCUGCUUUUAACAUCCAGGAGGCACUUAUAUGGAAAGAAAAAAUCGAGUCUGUUAUUGAUCAGCAUCAGGAGUCAUUAACUGCCAAUGGUAAUAAAUAUCAUUCUUUUGAAUACAAGUCUGGGAUGGAUAGUGGAAGAAAUGCUUCCUCAUCGGAUCAGGAUAGCCAGUGCAGUGCAGCUGAAGAUGAAGAAGAUUCACGGCCAAGUUUAAUGCGAAGAACAACCAUUGGCAAUGGCCCUCCUGAAUCUAUAUUGGAUUGGACCCAGGAAAGUUCAACAUUGGCAAGCCAGAAUACUGACAAUCAGGCAUUUUCAAGGAAACAUUGGCGGCUUCUUCAAUGUCAAAAUGGACUUCGAAUCUUUGAAGAGCUUCUAGAAGUUGAAUUUCUUCCAAAGAGCUGUAGUAGGGCUAUGAAGGCUGUUGGUGUUGUGGAAGCAAGCUGUGAAGAAAUAUUUGAGCUUGUAAUGAGCAUGGAUGGAACACGUUCUGAAUGGGAUUGUAGUUUCCAAGAUGGUAGUCUGGUUGACGAGGUGGACGGACAUACAGCAAUUCUAUAUCACAGGCUUCAACUAGACUGGUUUCCAACGUUUGUGUGGCCGCGUGAUCUUUGUUACGUGCGUUAUUGGCGCCGAAAUGAUGAUGGGAGUUAUGUUGUAUUAUUUUGCUCAAGAGAGCAUGAGAAUUGUGGCCCACAACCAGGAUAUGUGCGAGCUCAUAUUGAGAGUGGAGGGUUUAAUAUUUCCCCCCUCAAGCCUCGAAAUGGAAGGCCCAGAUCACAAGUUCAACAUCUUAUGCAAAUUGAUCUAAAGGGAUGGGGCGUGGGUUAUGUUUCAUCAUUUCAGCAACAUUGCCUGCUACAAAUGUUAAAUAGUGUUGCUGGACUGCGGGAAUAUUUUGCUCAAACUGAUGAAAGGAUUGCUCCUCCUAGAAUCCCUGUUAUGGUUAACAUGACAUCCUGCUCUGUUCCUACAAAGAAGACUCAAAAGAUACACUUGACUUCUGUUCAUAAUCGAAGUCAGUCUCUUGAUAACGUUGCAAAAAUGAUGGAUGAGUACUCAGAUGAGGAUGAAGAUUUCCAAAUUCCUGAAGAAGAGGCAUAUAUCAAUGAACCGGAGACCAAAUAUGUUGCCUUUGAAGAAGAACCUGUAGUUGAAAUUGACUCGUCUUGCUUUUCGGGUAAUCUUCGUCGAGAUGAUAACGAAAAUGCCCGUGACUGCUGGAGAAUAUCUGAUGGGAACAACUUUAAACUUCGUAGCAAGCGUUUUUGCUAUGAUAAAUCGAAGAUGCCUGGAGGCAAGCCCCUUAUGGAUCUUGUUGCUGUUGACUGGUUCAAAGACACAAAACGAAUGGACCAUGUUGCUAGACGCCUUGGUUGUGCUGCACAAGUUGCCUCUCAAAAAGGUCAUUUUUGUAUGGUGAUCAAUGUCCAAGUACCUGGUUCUACACACUACAGCAUGGUUUUCUACUUUGUGACCAAAGAAUUAACUCCUGGCUCUCUUCUGCAACGGUUUGUUGAUGGUGAUGAUGAGUUCCGUAAUAGCAGGAUGAAGCUCAUACCCUCUGUCCCUAAGGGUUCCUGGAUAGUGCGCCAAAGUGUUGGAAGCACUCCUUGUCUUUUGGGUAAAGCAGUCGACUGCAACUAUAUUCGUGGCGCCAAUUACUUAGAAGUUGAUGUUGACAUUGGUUCUUCUACAGUAGCUAAUGGUGUCCUGGGUCUUGUAAUUGGUGUUAUUACUAGCCUUGUGGUUGACAUGGCUUUCCUUGUACAGGCAAACACAACCGAUGAGUUGCCAGAGCGGCUUAUAGGCGCUGUUCGGGUUUCACAUUUAGAACUGAAGUCUGCAGUCAUUCCCAAAUUGGAACCAGAUCAAUGACCUCUGUUAAUUCAAAGUACAAACGGAUUUACUUGAAUGUGGUACAUAGAGAUCACCUUGAAAUCUAUUGGCAAGUUAAUUGCGGGUCAGCAGCAAACUGAGGGGACAAUGUGAAGCAGAUACUUUGAAGAUAAGAAUAUGAGAAGCUGGAAUGUGACAUUCUACAAAAUUGAUCAAAUUCAUUUCGUUUUCCAAGUCAUGUAAAUGGCAAUGAUUUUCGAAUUGACAUCCAAGGGAUCUUGGACCUCAUGAAAACAGGUUUUGAUCCAUUCCUAUAUGAGAAGAAUAAGGAACUAAAAUAUUGUAUAAAUUUACACCACAUUUGGUACAUAGUUUCGGGAGAGUUGAAAGUUAGUAUAUCCAAUGCUUUUGACUCACAA